CCGUGAGAAGUUGAAAAGGGCGGGAAAAUCCUUUAGAACCCUAAAAUUCCUCCCCUCAGGCCUCAACCCACACAACACCCACUCCCUCAUUGUUUCAAUUUGAAUACACGAAUCGUAUUGAGAUUAUUUCAGCAAAGAAACAUCAAACCGAAAAAUUUACAUUUUUGUACACGAUUUCUGUUCGAGUGGGAGAGAGAGAGAGAGAGAGUGUCUUGUUCACUGUAGAAGAAGGGUUUUUGUUUUCUGUUUAAUUUAAUUUUUGGAUUAUAAUCUGCUAUGGCAAGAUUUCUGCGAAGGGCUUCUUCUCUCAGCAGCUCUAUGUUAUCGCAGUUGCAGGGACCCGUGACAGGAUUAUCGGAAACGUCUAUUCAUCGGUGCAACUUCUCUACUAAAGGUAGAAAGAAAUCGAAGUCACAAAUAAGUGAUUCUGGGGAAGAGAAUAUGUCGAAGAAAGACUUAGCACUGAAGGUAGCUAUGAAUCAAAUCACAGCAUCAUUUGGAGAAGGCUCGAUAAUGUGGCAUGGCCGAUCAAUAUCUCCAAGGCAGACUGCGGUCGUCUCUACUGGAUCUUUUGCUUUGGAUAUUGCAUUGGGAAUCGGAGGACUUCCAAAGGGACGGGUUGUGGAGAUAUAUGGUCCCGAGGCUUCCGGCAAGACAACUCUUGCGCUGCAUGUUAUUGCCGAGGCACAAAAACAGGGAGGUUACUGUGUCUUUCUUGAUGCCGAGCAUGCUCUUGAUCCAGCUUUGGUCAAGGCUAUUGGAGUUGACUCUGAGAAAUUGCUGAUUUCACAACCAGAUUCCGGUGAGCAAGCUCUUAGUUUGGUGGACACCCUAAUCCGAAGUGGUUCGGUUGAUGUCGUUGUUGUGGAUAGUGUAGCUGCUCUGGUUCCUAAAGGUGAACUCGAUGGUGAAAUGGGAGAUGCUCACAUGGCAAUGCAGGCUCGACUUAUGAGCCAGGCACUACGAAAAUUAACCCACUCCUUAUCCCUCGCACAGACCAUAUUAAUUUUUACAAAUCAAGUUCGAUCAAAGCUAUCGACUUUUGGAGGAUUUGGUGGUCCGUCUGAAGUAACUUGUGGUGGGAAUGCCUUGAAAUUUUAUUCUUCAGUUCGUCUAAAUAUUAAAAGAACAGGGUUAGUCAAGAAAGGAGACGAGACUACAGGAAGUCAGGUAGUUGUAAAAAUCGUAAAGAACAAGCACGCACCUCCGUUCAAAACCGCAGAAUUUGAGCUCGAAUUCGGCAAAGGUAUUUGUCGAGAGGCAGAGCUAAUAGACUUGGGUUGCAAACACAAAUUCAUCACAAAGGCUGUCCCUUACCUUUAUAUGAAUGAUCAGACAUUUCACGGUAAGGAUUCUCUCAAACGAUACCUGUCUGAAAACGAAACUGCGAGAGAAGAACUCGUGAAGAAGCUAAGAGACAAGCUUAUAAAUGCCAAACCAGACAACGAAAAAGAAACUAACGUAGAUCAAGAAUCCGAAACUGCAGCUAAUCAAGCAUAAUAGCGUAUGUGUUAUAUCUCAUCUAUUUAUUUAAUUAUUACGUUAAUUCUUCUAGUUACGGCCUUGCUAGUGAAAACCCUUCGUAGAUAUACACUUGAAAGUCGUGUAGUUGAUGAAAAAAAUUCGAUUUAGUCGAAAUUAUCUGGUUGCUGAUGUCGGUUUUUCGGCUACAUUUUGUGUGUUGGAACAUUCUUUUACCAUAUUCAAAAUUUUGGACUGGAUUGCAAAAAUAAAAAUAUUAUUGUCAUAAAUAGAAAAAUAAGUGCUAAGAUGUUUCCCAAGUUG